UUCGACGCCCGCGGCGCGGGGCCCGGCGGCCGGCCGGCUCCGUGCGCUCGGCGACGUCUUGGCGAGGCCGCGGGAAGUCGCUGGGACGGGGCCGGCGUCCGUCCAGCAGAGAGCAGGAUUCGAAUUGGGUUUGAGCUGAGUCCUGGACCCUUGACGUGAGCAGCUCUUUUGAAAACUUAGGUUGCAGCGCUGCCUGAGCGUGACCUUGGACAUGGGAGGUGCCGUCAGCGCUGGGGAGGACAAUGAUGAGCUGAUCGACAACCUGAAGGAGGCACAGUACAUCCGGACCGAGUUGGUAGAACAGGCUUUCCGAGCUAUCGAUCGCGCGGAUUAUUAUCUGGAAGAAUUUAAAGAAAAUGCUUACAAAGACCUGGCGUGGAAGCACGGAAACAUUCACCUCUCGGCACCGUGCAUCUACUCGGAGGUGAUGGAAGCCCUGGACCUGCAGCCGGGACUCUCAUUUCUGAACCUGGGGAGUGGAACCGGGUACCUCAGCUCCAUGGUGGGCCUCAUCCUAGGUCCUUUUGGUGUGAACCAUGGAGUGGAGCUGCACUCAGACGUGAUAGAGUACGCCGAGCAGAAACUGGACUUCUUCAUCAGAACAAGCGACAGCUUCGACAAGUUCGACUUCUGUGAGCCUUCCUUUGUCACUGGCAACUGCCUGGAGAUCGCUCCGGAUUGUUCUCAGUAUGACCGUGUGUACUGUGGGGCUGGCGUGCAGAAGGAGCAUGAAGAAUACAUGAAGAACCUGCUCAAGGUGGGAGGGAUCCUCGUCAUGCCCCUGGAGGAGAAGUUGACCAAGAUAACGCGCACAGGUCCUUCUGCUUGGGAAACCAAGAAGAUUCUGGCUGUGUCUUUCGCUCCUCUGAUCCAGCCCUGCCGUUCAGAGUCAGGAAAACAAAGACUUGUCCAGUUACCACCGCCGGCGGUCCGCAGCCUCCAGGACUUGGCACGCAUUGCCAUCCGGGGCACCAUCAAGAAGGUCAUUCACCAGGAAACAGCGAGCAGAAGUGGAAGUGGACUGAAGAAUACGCCCAGGUUUAAGCGAAGGAGGGUUCGCCGCCGUCGCAUGGAAACAAUCGUUUUUUUGGACAAAGAGGUCUUUGCCAGUCGGAUUUCCAACCCCUCCGACGACAACAGCUGUGAAGACUCGGAAAAGGAACGGCGGGAAGGGGAGGAGAAGGUGCUGCCCGACACGAAGCCGGACCCUCCUGUGAACUUCCUGCGCCAGAAAGUCCUGAGCCUGCCUCUGCCAGACCCCCUGAAGUACUACCUGCUGUACUACAGGGAGAAGUGAGGGCGAGAGGCCGUCUGCGUGCCGCUCCAUGCUGCCGAGGGUCAGCCGGGGUCGGGGCAGCAGCCUCACGCUCAUGGGUGUUUCUGUUCUUCCAGUUCUUGGUCGUCCUCUAAAACUGAUGCAACCCUCGCCCAGCAAGACCCUGCCUGGAGGAACGUUCCCCAGACUGGAGAAGCUUGCUGGGGAAGGGUGGCGUGUGGUGGUCACGCACACAGGGUUGUCACCCAGGAAGAAGAACACUGAGGUUGAACCAAGCUGUCCCGCUCCCAGGUGUGAGACGCAGCACGUGUCUACGUGUGGGUGUCUCCUGGGGCAGACGCACCUGUGCCUGGGUCUGAGGGGAACCGUCGUGGAGGGUCCUCAUCUUCAGUAAAUGCACUGCAUUUUCUGAGUUGUCAGUUGUGAUUUUUGAGAGGAUAAUUUCUGAUGGAGAGAGGAGGAAUGAAAGCAUCAAGCCGCUGGUUGUCUUUGUAGAAGUCUGAGACCUCCAGUGAGGUUAUUUUUUGUGAUACUUUUUGUUAUCCUGAAAGAACCAUUGUCAAGUAAUCCCUUAAAGAAUAUCCUAAGAAAUGAAACAAGUUUGUGUGUAUGUGUGAGCAUCAAGCUGAAUUACUUUCACCCUAACUGCGGGGUUGGUUCCUACGCAGCACGAGAGAUGGCGGUGGGUUUCCGGGGUGUGGCAGGCUCGGUCCUCAGGGCAGUGGACUGGGAGCCACGUGGCAAUGGCCUGUGUGUCCUUUGAUGUGAGUGUGCCGUUUCUCUGUAAUCUCAUUAGAGCUCUGAUUCAUAGACUUUGUCUUUUAUAAUUCUGAGUGGAAAGAGAGUGGCUAGUUUUGUAGUUUUCCUUGAGAACAGAUACCUGUAUUUUAGCAGCCCCGUUGCAUUAGGACGCCUGACUGUGUCGUGAAUCGUCUUCUUGAGCAGCGUGAUUGGAAGGACGUUCUUGAUUCCAAAUAACGGUUUUUAAAACUGCUUUUUAACCCAAAGAAAAGUGAAGCAUAAAUUCUAACGGGAAACCCAGAUCCCAGGCUUUGAUGUCGGAUCAAGUGUGCAGAGUCUGUGAUGAGCCCUUAGCCUCUGGAGCUGCCGGGCUUCAGUGUCUGCGGGGUCUCCGACUUGCCUGGGUCGGCUUUACCACGCAGUGCCGUCUGCACAGACAGCGAGGACACGGGAGCCACGUGAAGCCACGUGAAGGAAGCGGGCUCAUAGCUGUGCUUUCCUUGUUCAGGCUCAGGGGACUUGGCAAUGCUUCGCGAUCUGCAGAACCGUGCUGGCACAGCUGCCAGGUGGUGGGGCGUGGCCUCUGACACGUUCCCUGGGUGACUGCGCCUUUCCUGCUGAUUGCAAAAGGACUGCGUUUUUUAAACCACACCUGUCGUCGUCGUGGAUCGUAAGUCAUCACAACGCGUAAGACGUUUUUCCUACCUGGUUAUUGUUUCCAAGCAUUUGUAUCUCCAUGUUAUCAACUUGUGAUUUUUAAACCAGAAUGGGUUAAUAAUAGUUGUAAUGUGUGUGAAAAAUGGUGUCAGUGUUUCUAUUGUAAAAAUAGGGAAAACUAAGGAGGUUUUCCUGCACCCCGCACCAGAGCUGGCAGGGAAGCCCGGCGUAGGGCCUGUGUGCUAAGCCACGUUCCGCACAGUGCUGCCUUUUGUGUUUCAAGGAGUCUGUUUUUAGUGUGUGGCUUUUUCCUGAAAAGUAGUAAAGCCAUAGACUAGUGCAGGACACAUGUUAAAUGAGUAAAUAUCACGUAUGUAACGUAAGAAGCAAAUGUGUAUGUAGAGGUACUCCUGCUCAUCCGGGACCUCGAUGGGAAGAAUCUGACCGGCUGGUGUGAGGGUAAACACACGGGGUCAGCAACAGGGUCGCACCCCUGUGGGGUCUAAACUGUGUGUGCUCUCCCAGUCUUAAACAAAUAAAGCUGUUUCGCAUCACGUGUCUUAGGUAUUAGGCUCUGUAACAGACCCAGGGGAGGUGUCACUCCGAAUUCUGAAGUGUGGAAUUGGACAGGCAGCUAGAAAAAGCGCCGAGUGCCCCAGGCAGCAGGGGCUUCCACUGGCGGCUUUGUGGCAUAUCUCCCAUCCUAGAGAAUGUCCGAGGAUAUCUCGAUGAUGGCGGUGGUCUUCAGGGCGGUCUGCUCCCUGUGGUUCGUACGUGAGCUCUCCAGCGUCUGCUGUGUGGGGCCGUAUGCCAGAGCUGAAGAUGAAACUGCAGAGUGCAGGGACUUAGAUGAAAACUGCAAAGAAUUAAUUGAUGAACUGAAAAUGACUGAAGGGUGUGAACUUAAGGGACAGACAGCAAGAGGCUGAAUGAUGUCACAGAAAUGGGCAGGUAGUGGGGCCGGCACUGUGGUGUAGAAGGUUAAGCUGCCACCUGCAGUGCUGGCAGCCCGCAUGGUGCCGGUUCGAGUCCCUGCUGCUCCACUUCCAAUGCAGCUGCCUGCCGAUGUAGCUGGGAAGAGCAGCAGAGGAUGGCCCAAGUCCUUGGGCCCCUGCACCCACGUCAGAGACCUGGAAGAAGCUCCUGGCCCCUGCCUGGCCCAGCCCUAGCUGUUGCAGCCAUUUGGGGAAUGGAGAUCUCUUUCUCUCUCCUUCUGUCUGUAUCUAUGUUUUUCAAAUAAAUAAAUACAUCUUUUAAAAAAAGGGCAACCCCCACUUGGCCUGCGCAAGGCCAGACUCCCUGCUGUCAACACUUGGUCACCCAGCUCACAGCUGAUGCUUUGUCCGUCGUCAGUCGAAUCCGCAACAGGAUCACAGGCCUGUGGGCCUCACGGGUGUCUGCCUCCUGGCACUCCUAAGUGAGGGCAGAUUCUGACCGCGUGUUAAUCCCUGGGACCAAGUUAACCAUAAUGGAAGCAAUCAGGCGACACGACACCGCAGGCUCACAGCUUCUGUCUGAAGAACAGUUAAGUUGAUUGUGCUUGUGUCAGCGAGGGUUAGGGUUAGGGUUGGCAAGCAUUGCAAGAAGCUAACAGAUGUGUCCAGAGCGAUGAGUGGGUUGAGUGGAGCAGGUGGAGGUUUUGUGGACCACGGUGAGCGCUUGCUGCAGAGGUGUCCACCGCGCUCUGGGCUGGACGUGGAUCCCGGCAGCUUCCUGCAGGUGCAGGUUGUUGGGACACACAGCCUUGUGAGACAAAGGGCAGAGACAUUUGCAUCACUGCCCCGGGCGGCUCCUCUGUGUGUGCUGCUCAAGUUAUUUUUCUGCAGUUACAGGUUUUUCCCCAGCGUUAACAGGAUAGCAGACAUGAGUCCAUGCGAAUUUUGCUACUGCAGUUUUGUGUCUCUUUGCAGAUGCAUGCCUUAAAUUCUUUUUCUUAAAAAAAGAUUUUAUUUAUUUAUUUGAGAGGUAGUUACAGACAGAGGGAGAGACAGAGAGAGGUCUUCCUUUCAUGGUUCACUCCCCAAAUGGCCGCAACAGCCAGAGCUGGGCCAAUCCAAACCCAGGAGCCAGGAGCUUCUUCCUGGUUUCCCAUGCAGGUGCAGGGGCCCAGGGACUUGGGCAUCUUCCACUGCUUUCCCAGGCCACAGCAGAGAGCUGGAUUGGAAGAGGAGCAGCCAGGAAUAGAACCGGCGCCCAUAUGGGUUGCCGGCACUGCAGGUGGAGGAUUAACCUACUGCACCACGGCGCCGGCCCCAGGCCUUGAAUUCUAAAAUCAGCACGCGUUGCUGCUUUGUCAAGUCAUUGUGCAAUUCAGAGCAUUUUACUUAAAAACAAGCUGGUGUGGCCUAGCGGCUAAAACUGCCACCUGCAGCACCAGCAGCCCACAGGGGCACUGGUCUGUGUCCCAGCUGCUCCACUUCCUUUUUUUUUUUUUUAAAUUUUAUUUAAUGAACAUAAAUUUCCAAAGUACAGCUUAUGGAUUACAAUAGCUUCUCCCCCCCCAUAACUUCCCUCCCACCCACAACACUCCCCUCUCCCACCCCCUCUCCUCUUCCAUUCACAUCAAGAUUAAUUUUCAAGUAUCUUUAUAUACAGAAGAUCAAUUUAGCAUAUAUUAAGUAAAGAUUUCAACAGUUUGCACCCACACAGAAACACAAAGUGUAAAAUACUAUUUGAGUACUAGUUAUAGCAUUAAUUAAACACCUAAGAAUAAUUGUGUAUUAAUUACAGAGUUGAAUCAAUAGUUUUAAGUAGAACAUAAAAAAUAC